AGGUAAUUGCGGUUGCAACCCUGUUCGCAUGUGCAUAUGCGUAUUUGGGUAAAAUAGAUUUCGGUCGCUUGUGCUGCAAUUUCGUUUGCCCAAUAUUGGCAAAGCAAAUAGUGAUAAAAUGCCACUAUUGCGCAUUAACAGUAAAUAGUUGCUGCGGCCGAUCAAUAAAACAAGUUAACAUUGCUGUGUGUUCAGAGCGAAGACAGCUCACAAGUUAGCUACAUGAGAACCAUGACAAAAGACUACGACUAUCUGCUAAAGGUGCUUCUUGUUGGGGAUAGCGAUGUGGGUAAACACGAAAUACUCUCCAAUCUGGAGGAUCCGUCCACAGAGAAUCCCUUCUGCAGCGGCAAUGAUUGCACUUCGCACAUAUUGCAAACGGUUGCAUACAAGACGACAACCAUAUUGCUGGAGGGAAAGCGUGUCAAACUACAGAUCUGGGAUACAUCCGGCCAGGGACGCUUCUGCACCAUAAUACGCUCCUAUUCUCGGGGUGCUCAGGGUAUUAUAUUAGUCUACGAUAUAACAAACAAAUGGAGCUUCGACGGCAUCGAUCGCUGGCUCAAAGAAGUUGAAGAGCAUGCACCUGGCAUACCCAAAGUGCUCGUCGGCAAUCGUCUCCAUUUGGCGUACAAGCGUCAGGUGGCCGCCAAACAGGCGGAGACGUAUGCGUCUCGCAACAAUAUGUCCUGCUUUGAGAUAUCGCCACUCUGCGAUUUCAACAUACGUGAAUCGUUUUGUGAACUGGCUCGCAUGGCGCUACAUCGCAAUGGCAUGGAGCACAUUUGGCGCAGUAACAAGGUGCUGUCGCUGCAGGAGCUCUGCUGUCGAACGAUUGUGCGUCGCACGAGCGUUUAUGCUAUUGAUUCGUUGCACCUGCCGCCUUCCGUUAAAUCGACACUCAAAUCGUAUGCGAUGACAACGACACAAUGCUACAAUUCGCUAACGCAAAACUCAAAGAGCCGGAAUCGCUGCAAGACGCCAACGAGCAACAGUCGCAACAGCUGUGCGAUCGCGUGAUUGCCGGCCAGUAGGCGGUCUCGGUCCCGGUCCCGGUCCCGGGAGCUGCAGCUGGAGCCUGACCUGGAGCUGCCUACGCAACAGCUGCGCAAUUGCGCGUAAAACCAACAACCUACUUUACUUACUAUAGCUAAGCUUAAAAACACACACACACACAAACACACACACAAAAACACAUACACUACAUUAACAAAUGCGCGAGCAUUUUCUUCAAUACGAAAUUACAAUUUUGUCAUCAGCAUUAAUAUUUAUUAACGUAUGAGAGCGAUGAUUAUAUUUUUACAUCCUAUACACAUAAACUACUUAUAAAAGAAAAGAGUAAAAUUGCUAUACAUA